UACCACUGUAGUAUUAUUGCUUCUCUUUUUCUCUUCCGAAUCUAGGGUUUUAAAUUUUAAUCUCCGUCCAUCCGCCGCCUGCUCGAUGGCCGCCGUGUCACCGGCAUCCAGAUUCUCCGCCUCCCAGUUCUCCGCCGCCAAUCCAAAGGCCAAACCUUUUCCCUCAUCCUUCAUCCAAUUCCGCUUAUCCCCUUCCCGCCAUUUUCCUUCCUCCUCCUCCGCCGCCGCCGCCGCCGCCGUUCCCUCUUUACCCCGCAAGUCAUUCAGUACUUCGAUUUCGUGCUCCGUUCGUCCUGAAUACAUCCCCAACCGCAUUUCGGACCCUCACUAUGUCCGCGUGUUCGACACCACGCUCCGCGACGGCGAGCAGUCGCCGGGGGCGACCAUGACGUCGAAGGAGAAGCUGGACAUUGCCCGCCAGCUGAUCAAGCUCGGGGUGGAUGUGAUCGAAGCUGGGUUCCCGGCGGCUUCCAAGGACGAUUUCGAGGCGGUCAAGGCUAUUGCCGAGGAGAUUGGAAAUGCGGUGGAUGAGGAUGGUUACGUGCCGGUUAUCUGUGGGCUGUCGAGGUGUAACGAGAAGGAUAUUCGGACAGCGUGGGAUGCGGUGAAGUACGCGAAGCGGCCGAGGAUUCAUACGUUUAUUGCGACUAGUCCGAUUCAUAUGAAGUAUAAGUUGAGGAAGAGUAAAGAGGAGGUGGUGGAGAUUGCCAGGAGUAUGGUGAGCUUCGCGAGGAGCUUGGGCUGUGAAGAUGUUGAGUUUAGUCCCGAGGAUGCUGGCAGGUCUGAUAGGGAGUUUUUGUACCAAAUUUUGGAAGAAGUAAUCAAAGCUGGGGCAACGACUCUGAACAUACCAGAUACUGUUGGGAUCAACUUGCCUAGUGAAUUUGGACAACUAAUUGCUGACAUAAAAGCCAAUACGCCAGGAAUUGAAAAUGUCAUCAUUUCAACACACUGCCAAAAUGAUCUUGGACUUUCUACUGCUAACACGUUGGCGGGGGCAUAUUCGGGUGCACGACAAGUCGAAGUGACUAUCAAUGGCAUUGGCGAGAGAGCUGGAAAUGCUUCACUGGAGGAGGUUGUAAUGGCCAUAAAAUGCCGCGGAGAGCACGUGUUAGGAGGUUUGUACACUGGGAUUAACACUAAACACAUCACUAUGGCAAGCAAGAUGGUGGAGGACUACAGUGGAUUACAAGUGCAGCCUCACAAGGCUAUUGUUGGAGCUAAUGCUUUUGCUCAUGAAAGUGGGAUACAUCAGGAUGGAAUGUUAAAGCAUAAAGGAACAUAUGAGAUUAUAUCUCCUGAAGAUAUUGGUCUUGAGAGAGCCAAUGAAGCCGGUAUUGUUCUUGGGAAACUUAGGUAUCAUUCAACUUAUCGCACUUCGUUAUCUGAAUUCAUAUACUGCCCUACUCAGUAUCUUAUGGGUUUGAGCUGUUCGAUAGAACUUUUCGUUUGGGCGCAGUUUAGAUAUAUUGAAGGGCUGACUUAUUAGAAAUUCUGUAAUUGCAUUUUGUAAGGAAGACCAUCACACAGCUGACUGUUAAUUUAUCUCCGUUUGGACACUGAAUUACCCGGGGAAAAACACAAAUGAUGCUCCUGUGUUACUUUUGUAAUUGAUUCCACCGUUUAGCUGUAUCACGUCUUAUCAUGUCAUGUCUUCAUCUUGAUUUGUUUGUUGUUUAGAGACCAAUCAGUAAAAUCCUAUGUGUAAUUUCUUUUUUCUUUUUGUGGAAACAGUGGGCGCCACGCACUGAGAGAUCGACUGAAGGAGCUUGGAUAUGAGCUGGAUGAUCAACAGCUUGGCAACAUCUUUUGGCGUUUUAAGGCAGUUGCUGAACAAAAAAAGCGAGUCACUGAUGCAGACCUAAUCGCUUUAGUCUCAGAUGAAGUUUUCCAACCAGAAACUGUUUGGAAACUCCAUGACUUGCAGGUCACUUGUGGAACACUUGGCCUAUCCACUGCCACUGUCAAACUCACUGAUGCUGAUGGGGAGGAGCAUAUCGGCUGCGCUGUAGGAACUGGUCCAGUCGAUUCCGCAUACAAAGCAGUUGAUCUCAUAGUAAAGGAAGAGGCGACACUGAUGGAGUACUCCAUGAACGCCGUCACAGAAGGGAUCGAUGCAAUUGCAACCACCCGUGUCUUAAUUCGUGGGGAGAACAAGCACACCCCUACCCAUGCAUUGACCGAUGAACCUUUCGAGCGUACAUUCAGCGGUUCUGGGGCAGGGAUGGACAUAGUGGUUUGCAGUGUGAAGGCCUACAUCAGUGCACUGAACAAGAUGUUAGCAUUCAAGCAACAAGAACACAUGUAUUAAAAAAAACAUGAAAGACAAGUGUUGACAUUGAACUUUGGAGUAGUAGUACAACACAUGACCAACCAUGUUCGAAGGAAAUGAAACACGAACGUAGCUAGCAAUACAAGCCGUAGAGUCGAGUAUGCCUAUG